ACUGAGUCUAUUAAGUUUAUUUUAACAACACAGCAAUUUCUACAGCAAAGGCGCCGCCAAACACUGUGUGUAGAUAUGGCUGAAGCCAGUUGUCGACUGUCUGAAGUUCAGUUUCUUUGCCCCAUCUGUCUGGAUGUGUUCACUGAUCCUGUCACCACAUCAUGUGGACACAACUUCUGCAAAAACUGCAUCACGGAAAACUGGAAUACUAAUGACCAGUAUCUGUGUCCGAUGUGUAAAAAGGUUUUCGACACAAAACCUGAGCUGCUCAUCAACACUUUCAUCUCUGGGAUGGUUGCUCAGUUCAGACAGUCAGCUCAACAGAAAGCCAGCAGCAGCAGCUCAGAGCAACAAGUGUCCAAACCAGGAGAAGUUCCCUGUGACGUCUGCACUGGAACCAAACUGAAGGCCCUGAAGUCCUGCCUGGUGUGUCUGGCCUCCUACUGUGAGACUCACCUGGAGCCUCAUCUGACAAUGUCAGGUCUGAAAAGACAUCAGCUGAUCGACGCUGUGGAGAACCUGGAAGGCAGGAUGUGUACGAAGCACGAUAAACCUCUGGAGCUGUUCUGUAAGACCGACCAGACAUGUGUCUGCAUGCUCUGCCAUGUUUCAGACCACAAGAUGCAUGAUGUUAUUCCUCUGAAAGAAGGAUAUGAAGAAAAGAAGGCAGAGCUGGAGGCUGAAAUUCAGCAGAUGAUCCAGAAAAGACGACUGAAGAUUCAAGAGAUCAAACACUCAGUCAACCUCAGUGCGGAAGAUGCAGACAUAGAGAUAGCAGAAGGUGUUCAAGUCUUCACUUUUCUAAUGGAGUCUGUUGAGAGAGGCCUGAAUGAGCUCAUCAACACGAUCAAAGAGAAGCAGAAAACAACAGAAAAACAGGCCCAAGCUUUCAUCAAAGAGCUGGAACAGGAAAUCUCUGAGCUGAUGAAGAGAAGCACUGAGGUGGAGCAGCUCUCACGCUCUGAAGACCACCUCUAUCUUCUGCAGAGUGUCCAGUCCAUGAAAGCUAUUCCACCCACCAGGGACUGGACAGAGGUCAGCAUCCAUCCAUCAACCUAUGAGGGGACUGUGGUGAGAGCUGUGGCUCAGCUGGAGGAAACACUCAGUGAAAACAGGAAAAAGCUACUUGAGUCUGAGCUGAAGAGGGUCCAGCAGUAUGCAGUGAAUGUGAGUCUUGAUCCUGAAACAGCACAUCCUAAUCUCAUCCUGUCUGAUGAUGGGAAACAAGUAAAUCAUGGUGAUGUAAAGAAAAAUCUCCCUGACAAACCAGAGAGAUUUUCUAAUUGUCUUUGUGUUUUUGGAAAGCAGAGUUUCUCAGAGCAGAGUUCCUCUUCAGGCAGAUUUUACUUCGAGGUUGAAGUUAAAGAAAAGACUAAGUGGACUUUAGGAGUAGCCAGAGAGUCAAUCAACAGGAAAGAGAACAUCCCACUGAGCCCUGAGGAUGGUUACUGGACUAUAGGAUUGAGAAAUGAAAAUGAGUACCAAGCUAAUGCUAACCCUCCUGUCCUUCUCUCUCUGAAGUCUCCUCCUCAGAAGGUGGGGGUGUUUGUGGAUUGUCUGGAGGGUCUCGUCUCCUUUUAUGACGUAGAUGCUGCAGCUCUUAUCUACUCCUUUACUGGCUGCUCCUUCACUGAGAAGCUCUACCUGUACCUCGGUCCUUGUCCUAAUGAUGGUGGUAAAAACUCUGCCCCUCUGAUCAUCUCUCCUGUCAAUCGCACGAGACCGAGUAGAACAAUUAUUUGAUUUUGUAUGAAAGCAAUUACCUUUAAAUAAGAGUACAUAUUAUUUGGUAACGGUCACUGUAUUUUGGCUUUUUUCUGAUUUAUCUGGUUUUGGCUUUUUGGUAUUAUAUCAUAUUUCAACGCAUAUAAUCGGGUUCGUAAGAUAUCGUAUGGAAACUUAUGCACGCCCAUCAAUAUGAUCUCCUACGAAUUUAGGUGUCCACCAGCUGGUCGUGUGACAACCUGGUUAAGUUUAGCGGCCUUUACAGUUCAAUUUAGCCAACAAAAGGUUACUAGGAGUGGGCUUCAGAGCACCGUGAGCUGUCAGUCGUUUUAGAGGCUGCUGCUAGUUGAGUUUAGCAGACAAAAGGUGACUUUGAGCCGGGUACAUGGCAUGGAAUUACAGUGCUUUAGUAGUAAUAGUCAUUACUUUUCGUAGCUAUAUGAUAUGGCUGCACAAUUAAUCAAAUUCCCACUAUUAAAUGAACAUUAUCACCUGCAAUACUGAUACUUAAAAUGCAUGCUCCGCUCAUAAUAAACUCUGCUGCAUAUCGAAUUAAGCGCUUCGUAGACUGACAGCCAGCGACCAGGGGGCAUUUGAGAUGUUUUUGCUUCAUUUUUGGUGAGCUGUCUGUGAAAAACUUUCCUGACUUCCUGACUGCUGCAGUCCAGAGUAGAACCGUAGCCUUGUUUUAACUAUAUUUUAAGUCACAACAUGAAAGUGGAAGCAGUGCUCUGUUGAUUUAAGUUUUUAAGUUUUAGUCAAAUUUUAUUUAUAUGUUGCUUCUAGGAGAUCCACUGUAAAUAAGGACCAGUCUUAAUUUGAUCCAAAAUAUUUGUACAUUAGCAGGAUUGUAGCUCAACAUGGAUGGAAAGCAGUGCUCUGUUUAUUUAAAUGUGAAAGUGCAAUUAAAAUAUUUUGUCCCUAAAAUCAAUGAAUAAUCAUAAUCUCAAUAUUGAU